GAAGACGAGGAGGAAGAGGAAUAAAAGUGGAUGAGGAAGAAGACGAGGCAGAGGAAGCGGCUCAGGAGCUGGUGGCCGCGCAGAAACCCCCCGGGCUGUGCGCGUCACAGCCCUUUCACCCCGUGUGUCUGGGCCCGGGCGGCGCCGCCUCAGGGUGACCUUGGGGGGCGGGGCCGCCUCAGGGUGACCUUGGGGGGCGGGGCCGGCGCAGUGUCGUCAUCAAACCCCGACAGCAGCGCAGCCGCCGCCAUGCUGGGGCCGCUGGGGAGGGCCGCGCCGCGGCUGCUGCUGCGGGGGGCGGCGGGAGUGGGGCUGCGGCGCGCGGGUGGUGGGGUGCACAUCCACCCGCGGUACCGGCAGUUCCCGGAGCUGACGCGCGCCCAGGUGAUCCGCAGUGAGCUCCUCAGCGGCUUCAUGUGGUUCUGGAUCCUCUGGCACUUCUGGCACAACUCGGACAUGGUGUUGGGCCAUUUCCCAUAUCCCGAUCCUUCGGCCUGGACAGAUGAGGAGCUCGGGAUCCCCCCAGACGAUGCCGAAUAGGCAGCUCUGGCACCGGUCCCUGGAAUUAAAGAGGCCCCUGGAACCAAAGCUUUGGCUCCUCAGUCCUUAUUUCAAUAAAAGUUAACUACAACCAA